AUCCGGUUCCCUACGUUCUCACCCGGAACACAGGAACUGUACCCGGUUCUGGUUAUUUUAAGUCAUGUGUUUCUAUUUGAAGUUUUUAUUUAUUGUGACUCAUCCUUGUUGCAGAACGUCGAUCAGCUCUGGUUCUAGAUGUUCUGUAGAAAGAAACGUUGGUUUCCAUCAUGGGGACCUUUUCUCCUUUAAUCAUUACCAUCAUCCUGGUGAGCGUGGGGUUUGUUGGAUCUUCAUCGUUGUGUCUUUCUGAACAGAUUCUGGUGAACCAUGUCUGCCAGUCUGGACGACGCCGACAGCGUGUUCGACCUGAACGAAGCUAUCCCAGAGACCGAGCUGCUGGACAACAGUAUCCAGAAAGGCCGAGCGCAGCUGUCCGUCAAAGCACACAGGCACCGCCCCUCCAGGUCCCGUUACCAUGACAGUAUGAGCUCCACGGAGGGUGAUGAUGGUCUGGACAGGAAGGACAGUCCAUUACAGUCCACCCGUGCACCUCUCCACCUGGCCACGCAUGGCUCCUCACCCUCACCUGAUUUGCUGUUGUCCUCUCGAAGCCCAGCCUUCUCCUUUGACACAUCACUGGGGCGGCACUCUCCAGAGGACGAAGACUCGUCAUUGGCUGCUCCGCCACAGGGGCGGUACCAUCAGCUGACCAAUGCAACGUCACAAGAGGCUCUGGUGACCCCCAGCAGCUCACCAUCUAAAUCCUGCCCCUCCUCCGACUGCUCACCUGCCUAUAUGAGGAGGAACAGGAGGCCCGACAGUGAAGGUACACACACCUGGAUCAUCAUCACGUGUCUGAGUUGUGAUGAAGAACCAGAACCAGGUUCAGGUCUGACCGCAGAGUCGGCUCUCAGUGAGGAGUUUUCGCCUCCUCACACCUCCUACUCCACCUCCCCUCCUGGUGAAUCCUCCUCCAGAUCCUCCCAUCCAUACCACACCCUGUCCCAGUCCUCCGACGAGCCCUGUGACGAGCCGUCCUCAGCGAUGUCCUCCUGGACCACCCAGCAGGUCUGUCAGUGGCUCAGAGGACUCAACAUGGAGCAGUACGUCCCAGAAUUCAGCGCUAAGGACAUCGAUGGAGAGCAGCUGCUGCAAAUGGACGGCAGCAAGCUGAAGGGUCUGGGCGUGUUUAGUUCUUCUGAUCGCAGCGCGCUGAAACGUCGCAUUAGAGACGUCCAAACUGCAGCGGAGAAGGAGAGGAAAGCUCUGGAAAAGCUGGAGAAACAGAAAGCGAAGCAGCGAAGGAAAGACCAGGAGCAGUGCAGGAGCUAAGUCCCACCACCAGGGGGAGGCAGAGGACCAGGACAGCAGGGAGGGCUCAGCACUAUAAACUAUACUUCAUUCAUAUGUCCAGCCUGGAAAAUUCCUGGAUGUAAACAGUUAAAUGAGACGAGAAGACGAAGACUUGAAAAGUUAUUAAAGAUUGGAAACGUCUUAGGCUGCAUCUUUAUUUAGAGUUGAUGGCUAUGGAGGCCUUGAAGGGACAAAUUUGGAACAUGAUGUUUCUGUUUCAUCAUCAUUCAGCAAACGAGUUGAACAUAAAUAUUAAAAGUUGCUUCUUUAAUUUGAUGUGAAGUCAGUGUGAAAACAGGAAAUCCCAACCA